GGUGGGCGGAGCCGCUGACUGCAAGAGCGGAGAGAUGGCGGCGGCCGGGCUGAGGGCGAUGGUGGGAGUGAAGCGGGUCAUUGACUAUGCCGUUAAGGUGCGGGUAAAACCAGACAACUCAGGGGUGGUGACCGAUGGGGUCAAGCACUCAAUGAACCCAUUCUGUGAGAUUGCUGUAGAGGAGGCUGUGCGUCUCAAGGAGAAAAAACUUGUCUCAGAAGUAGUUGCUGUCAGCUGUGGCCCACAGCAGUGCCAGGAGACAAUCCGCACAGCCCUUGCAAUGGGAGCUGACCGGGGGCUCCACGUGGACAUCCCUGCAAAGGACUACGAGAACCUCACCCCCUUCCAGGUUUCAAAGAUCCUGGCGGCGCUUGCCAAGAAGGAAAGCGUCAAUCUUCUGCUGCUAGGGAAACAGGCCAUCGAUGAUGACUGUAACCAGACAGGGCAAAUGACAGCAGCAUUUCUUGACUGGCCGCAGGGAACGUUUGCUUCAGAAGUGAGUGUGGAUGGGGACUGGCUGAAGGUUGAGCGUGAAAUUGACGGGGGUCUAGAGACAGUGCGCCUGAAGCUGCCUGCUGUGGUGACUGCUGAUUUACGACUGAAUGAGCCCCGCUAUGCAACUCUGCCCAACAUCAUGAAAGCCAAAAAGAAGAAAAUUGAGGUGGUGAAGCCAUCGGAUCUUGGUGUGGAUCUUACCCCUCGAGUGAAGACUCUGAGCGUGGAAGAUCCUCCUCAGCGUAAGGCUGGAGUCAAGGUGGAAACAGUGGAAGAUCUGGUUGCUAAGCUGAAGGAGAGCGGGAGGAUCUGAGCUCUUGGGUGGUUUUGCCUUGCCUUGAGAUGCUGCUAUGGGUGGAUCCCCUACUACAGGAGUGGGUGUGGCCCUCAGAGAGCCCAUCUUCCUGUCUCUUCGGGACCCGGUCCCCCUGAAAUCAACCACGCUGCCUUCCAUCUCAGCUGGCUGCCGGAAAGAGCCAAAUGAGAGCUUAAUUCUAUUUUCUGUACUAAUGAUGGGUUAGUUUGCAAUAAAUGUCAUGUGAUCUUUGAAGGUGCUCGGAGCAAA